GCCAUCUUGUGGUCGCUCCGGUGUAGUGCUGCUUGAGAACAAUAGCAGCGAACUGCGGAAGGAAAUUAGAGCCGUUUAACCGGGACAAAUGCAGCAGGCGGCAAAAGCAAAGCGGUGUUACAGUCAUUUCAGCGCCUUCGUGCUAUAAGUACGUCGCGCGUUUUUGGCACCGUUGUUUGCAAUUGAUUUAUUUUGCAUCCACCGACAGGACACUCCGUCGGUUACGGCUGAGAGGACAUCUGCACGCAGUACAGUUUAUCAUCACCGCGGCUAACGGUGUUGUGUCUGAAACCACUUGGGAUUAACUUCCUGUCACAGUCUGCUGCGAUAUGGCGUGUGGGAACAGCAUGGAGGGUAAGGAGCUGCUGUUUAGCUUAGAGGAGCCCCGAUAAGGAUCACUGUUACCUCAGUGAAACUGAGUUCUGAAGCACACCGAGGGAGCAGAGAGGGAUGAGCUAUGGGCGCUCGGCUAACAGAUACCGGAUUUAAACAGCCGUAAUUUCAAAAUAAAAGCCGUCGCUUAUAAACAGACCUGCGUGGGAAACAGCUGAACGACAGGCUUUAAAAAGGUCAAAUACUGAGAGGACGUACAGCAGGUAUCACAACAUGAGCGACUUCGGGGAUACAGCAAGUGUUCCCGGCUUCUCCUCCCCGAGCAGCGCGGCUGGGCUGGGGAGAGCACUCGCGGGCCGGGUCAGGACUCUGACCUCUCCGCCUCCGCCUGGAAGACUGACGUCCCUCAGAACCCGGGACCUGACGCUGGGGGGAGGCUUCAAAAAGACUAAGAAAACCUUUGAGCCUAAUGUCCACGCUGUGAGGAGGAGCAAAGACGAGCUAAAGGAGGAGAUCCACGUGGCUCUGAAAAAGGAGAGAAGAGAUAGGAAUGAGCGGAGGAGAGAGAGCAGAGGGAGGAGGAAGGAGCGGCCUCAGACCAUCCAGUCCCACUCCAUCUUUGAACAGGGUCCUGCUGACAGCGUGCGCAAAACAGGCUGGCAUGGUGCUACACACCUGCAGGAGUCUGCCACCUCGCCUGUCUGCAAACUGCUAAAGAAAGAGAGGAAAGAGUCAAAGGAGGAAGAUGAAGAUGAGAUACUCAGUAAACUUCAGCGAGAUGAUUUCAUCGAUGAUCCGGGUCUGAGGAAUGAUGCAAAGCUGAAGCCCAUCCAGCUGCCUCUGUGUCAGUCCAGCAGUCACACUCUGACUUCCACGACACGUCCAGAGAGGCCCACUGUGUUCAGACCUCAGUCCUGUGCAGGGACCAGCAGGACUGAGCUGCCUAAAUCAGAGCAGCCGUCGCUGGUAGAACUGCUGCAGGAUCUCAGCCUGUCCGGCAGGGAGGAGCUCUUCUUCAUGCAGCUGCCAGACUGCAUGCCGGGCAGAGCGUCUGGAGCGAAGGUCGACCUGGCUCCUGGGCCUGCAGCAGAGUCGCCUGCAACAAAGGAGGGCAAGCCUGAAGCGAAGAGGACUCCACAUCUUCAAGCAAAAAGUGCAGUGAAAGAAGGCUGUCCUGUGCUCUCACAGUUUCCAGAAGGAUUUCUGGGUAAGCUGCAGAUCAGGAAGUCAGGAAAGGUGGAGCUGAAGCUGGGUGACAUCAUCAUGGAUGUCUCAGAGGGAGCUGCAUUCUCCUUCCUGCAGCAACUGGUGUCUGUGCGUCUGUGUGAUGGGCGGACUGGAGAUAUGAUGGUGCUGGGAAACGUCCAUCACAAACUGGUUUUAUCUCCGGACUUCCAGGCUUUACUGGGCCAAGCUGCAUCACAGCAGCCUCAGGGCCCCUGAUGGUCUCCCUGCAGGUGACCCGUGCACACUGUAGGAGGAGAAACUGCAGUAAAUGUGUUGGAAAGAACAGUCUGAGGUUACACUGCUGAGCCACCAUCAAGGUAACAUGCGUCUGUAUUUAAAUCCUGUGAAGUCUUUGAAAUGAAUCUUUUUAAAACACAGAUGUUUUCCUCUCUGGGAUGAAGAUAUCAGCACAGUAAAAUGGACCAUGAACCAUCAGCCUGCUGACCACAAGGACCGUCACAGUGUGUCACUAACCCCGGCUCGACACAAGGACUGAUACAGCAGUACAGUAUCUGUAUACUGAGCUGUGGUAAAAAUGUCACCACAGGGUUUUUUCCCGUUUGAAGAAAUAAUUGUCAGAAGUGUUUCAUUGGUAUCAAAGUGAUGCACAUGUGAGGCUGAGCGCUGGUUCCAAACAUGCACAAUCUACAGAGUUGGCACCAAAUCACAGCAGUCGCCUCAAGGUGCUUUAUAUUGUAAGGUAGACCCUACAAUCAUCUGUUACAAUGUACGAUGUGAAACUUUGAAACAAUACAGAACGUAGUCGUCCUAAACAGUGUGGCACAGCAGCAGCUUCCAGUGUCUGCAAUGACCCGGGAUCAUGUGUGUGACAGACUCCUCCCACCAGAGGAUGGCUGUGUGUCUGACUGAACACUGAGCCCACUGGUAUAUUAGUAUCAGCUGGAUUGUGUGUCUGGUGCUAGAACAUUAACCUUUGUAAAUGAGGUCAUUUGUAACCCGUCCACUGUACAUAUGUAUAUACAGUCCACUGCAGCAGCAGCAGCCUGGUAGGAGUGAGAAGCCUUUCUGUUGAACCCAGUUUUCUCCUGUUUGUUAAAGUAAAACUUUAUAGAAACAAAUUGUUUUUGGUUGACUUUUUUUUUUUUCUUUACAGGGAAGCUUGGGGACUGUUAGAGCUUCUGUGUUUGUUCUUUUGGUAUUACUCACUGCUGACGUCAAUAAAUGGCUGCAUAGCAUGUUGAAAAGUGCUCAGUUUUGGCUCUUUCUCAGGUGGUCUGCGUGUGUGGGGUCACAUUUCUUGUAACGUUCGAUUUACCCCUCGGCCGAGAACGUAACAGCGUUUCAGGAAACGAGGCGCUGAAGAACAAACUUAGACUGUCAGAACAGCACGCCAUUGUUAAUCGCAGCGUUCCUCAUUUGUUCGACGGCAUAUUUGAUAAUCUUCAGAGCUGAAAACUUAAAAUGUUGCAUGAAUGCGUCACACAAAGAACCACAAAGCCCUGAAAGGUGAAGUCAGUAACACUGAUCACUGUGAAACACCCCCCUCCCCACACACACACACAGGAAGAGUGUUGUAGCCUGCUGCCUGACACUGGGGGCUUCAUGCAUACAUGCAGAAUCAUUAGAGGCCAUUUAGAAGAAAACUGUAUAUGAAUGUUUAUUGAGGGAAAAAAACACCAUACUAAGGAAGCAGGAUGAACAUGGCAGCACAGAGUACUGUACACUCUACAACACAAAGCAGCUAUCAGUACUAGAGUAUGCUCUUCAUAAUAACAGAACAGAACAGAUGUGGAUUUUUGUUGCCUGACGUUAGCCGAGUACAAACCGAGUAAAGCACUCGAGGUUCGUCAGCUGCUUUCAUUCAGGGUCACAGACAGCAGGACGUCACAUGUUAAAGUUGCUAGUGAAGCGACACGCGUGACAGUAAUGACACUAAAAUUCAGUCAGGUUUCUUUUAUGUGAACAGUGGUGCUCUGAUCUCAAGAGGAAAUGUGGGACCGCUCCGAGCGUUGCUAAGCUGCACACUCUGCAUCUCACCAGCGCCAAGUAUGGAUUUAUUUCAUGUUCAGGUGGACUCAUGGCUGCAGACCUUACAGGGCACACUGAGAAUAAUACAUUAUUGUAGGAUGUUUUUGUGGAUGUGUUGAAAUAAAAAAUGCAGCCCACAUUAAUCCUGCAGGUGUUCUAGGACGGCAA